GACAGAGAGGUUGUGUGUGAAGGAGAGGCAAACAGAAAGAGGGGGGAGGGAGACACACACACACACAGACGGGGAGACUAAUAGAGACAGAAAGUUCAAGACACAGAGACAGGAAGAGAGAAACAGACAGAGGCAGAGAAGCAAGGCAGAGACACUGAGACAAAAUCAAGAGAUGCAGAGAAACCAGGGCAGAGCCAGAGAAGCGAUGCAUGAGGAAUAAAGAAGCAGCUAAAAAGAGACACCGAGACAGAGUCAGGGAUGCCGAAAAAGGAUAAGACAACACAGAGAGAUCAGGACAGAGAUAGCCAGAAACAGGAAUAAAGAGACAGAGAGAGACAGAGAGAGAAAUCGAGGCAGAGGGUGAGACAGAGAGGAGACCAAGAGACAGAAACAAGCAGAGCUCAGAUUCUCCCCAUCCCCAGUGCCUCCUCACUCCUCCAAGCCCAUGUUGCUGUCAGGGCCCUGGACCCUCCAUUCCUGCCCUGCGUCCCCACAAGCUGAGGCUGAGAGCAGCUGGACGGAAGAGAGACAGCCAGCCCCCUGCCGCCAGCAUCAGGUCCAGAUCCUGGCCUUUGGAAGGGAAGAGCUGAACUGAGCUGACCUCCUUGGGCCAGGGGAGUCAAGCCGGAGCCCAUAGUUCCGAUCCCUGGGCAGCCCAGGCCAGGUGGGGUUGGGCUGGGCCAUGGCAGGCACCCCACUCCUGCAUGGGGAGUUUGGCUCUUAUCCGGCCCGAGGCCCCCGCUUUGCCCUGACACUCACCCCAGUGGCCUUGCAUGUGCAGCGGCUGCGCCCUAGACCAGAGGCCUGGCCCCAGGGGGGCCUGGUCCCUCUGGCUGAGGUCUCUGGUUGCCGGACCUUGCGCAGCUGCUCCCCUAAUGACUCUGCUGCUUACCUGUGUGUCUACACUUAUCCACGGGGCCGGCGGGGUGGCCGCCGGCGGGCAGCUCGGACCUUCCGGGCUGACCGGGCCCCUGACUACAAGGAGAAUCACGCAGAGGCCCAGAGAUGGGCCACUGCUCUCACCUGCCUACUUCGAGGGGUGCCCUUGCCUGGGGACCUUGAGAUCACGCCCGAGCUCCUGCCCCGGCCCCCCCGGCUGCUCCUAUUGGUCAACCCCUUUGGGGGGAGGGGUCUGGCCUGGCAAUGGUGUAAGAACCACGUGCUGCCCAUGAUUGCUGAAGCGGGGCUCUCGUUCAACCUCAUCCAGACAGAGCGGCAGAAUCACGCCAGGGAACUGGUCCAGGGGCUGCGUCUGAGCGAGUGGGAUGGCAUCGUCACCGUCUCUGGAGACGGCCUGUUGUACGAGGUGGUAAAUGGGCUCCUGGAUCGGCCGGACUGGGAGGCAGCUGUGAAGAUUCCUGUGGGAGUCCUGCCCUGUGGCUCUGGCAAUGCUCUGGCUGGAGCAGUCAACCAGCAUGGGGGGUUUGAGCCAGCAGUGGGCUUAGAUCUGCUGCUGAAUUGUUCCCUGCUCAUGUGCCGGGGUGGGGGCUCCCCGCUGGACCUGCUCUCAGUGACCUUGGCCUCGGGAACCCGCUGUUUCUCCCUCCUCUCAGUGGCAUGGGGCUUCGUAUCUGAUGUGGACAUUCAGAGUGAGCGCUUCCGGGUUCUGGGCCCUGCCCGGUUCACCCUUGGCACAGUGCUCCGACUGGCCUCCCUCCACGUCUACCCAGGUCGCCUCUCCUACCUCCCAGCAUCCUCCCCAGCCUCCAACGGUCCCCCAGCUCUGUCCCAGCCUCUUCCCCGAGCUGCCUCCGAACUGGCCCUGGCCCCAGCCCCGGCUUCGGCCCCUUCACAAGACACUCACUCACCCUUGCACCGCUCCGUGUCUGACCUUCCCCUGGCCCGAGGGGCAGACAUCCCCCCAGAGCCCCAGCUGGACCCCUCCCCCUCCCCCCCUCAUUCCCCAGGGCCCUGCCUCCUCUCCCCUGACCCUCCCCUCCCCCCUGGGCUUGGCUCAGAUCCAGCCUCCAGCUCCUUGAUGGAGCCAGUGCUCCAGGGUUCAGAGCUCCCAGCCUCCUGCAGUCCCCUGGUGUCUUCUACCUCCCCAGCCUCCCAUAAUCCCUUGAGCCAUCCUGACCCUCCAGUCUCCUGCAGUACCAUGAUCCCCUCUGAUCUCAAAGCCUCCCCUUGCCUCCCAGUGUCUUUAGACAUUCCAUGCUCCCCUGACUCUGCAGCCUCUCGGACCCCAUCAGCCUUCUCUGCUGUUUCUCCAGUCGCUGAAGAUCCCGGGCAACUUCUGGCCCCCAAUCUCUCUUCCUCCCCUCCCUGCCUGGACCCUGAGGAGGCUCCUGCUUCCCCAUCAGCCCUCUCCAAUCUUUCUCCUUCCCCUAACUCGCAGACCUCCCUGGAGCCUGGGGCUUCUCCCAUUUCAGAGUCACCGGCCCCUGGCAACCACCAUGGCCCCAAGGACGACCUGUUGCCUCCCCUGGGCUCCCCACUGCCCCCAGGCUGGGUGACCCUGGAGGGAGACUUUGUGCUGAUCCUGGCCCAGUCACCAAGCCACCUGUGUGCUGACCUGGUGGCAGUCCCCAAUGCCCGGUUUGGGGACGGGCUGGUGCACUUGUGCUGGGUGCGGGGUGGGGUCUCCAGGGCUUCCCUGCUUCGACUCUUUCUGGCCAUGGAGAGAGGGAGCCACUUUGGCCUGGGCUGUCCCCAGCUCGGCUACGCUACAGCUCGAGCCUUUCGCCUAGAGCCCCUCACCCGCCACGGAAUCCUCACAGUGGAUGGGGAACAGGUGGAGUAUGGGCCUCUCCAGGCCCAGAUCCACCCUGGCUUAGGCACCCUGCUUACAGGCCCCGAGGCCCAAGAACCCCAGCUGGCCAGGGGGGAGGCCUGGGGACCCAAGUAUGGAACUGUCUCCUGGGGAGGAGGCAAAGCCUAGCCCUGGUAUCCUCCUUAGGCUGGCUAGGGGAAGGAAGCCCAAUCUCCAGGCCCAGCAUCAGCUCUGGGCCCGUUUGUUUGGGGGGGAAUUGUUGCCGGGUGGAACCAGCCUCUCUACCGGCUCCCCGUCUAAGGCUAAGUUGGGGCUUCUGCUGGAGGAUAGAGCUUUGCCUCUCUGGCCACAGGCCUGCUCCUCACUCACCUCAGGGGAUGAGGCUGGUCACCAGGGCCAGUCUCCACAUAGGGACCACGGCUGGAGACAGGGUCUCCAGAGCAAGCUGGACCUCCUGAGGGCAGAGCCUCCCCUUCUUCAGCCUCAUGAUGGGACCCAGAAUGUGGGGGGCACCAGAUGACAGGACUGCCUUCCCUGGGCCCUCGAUGGGGGCUGCCCUCCUUCUGCCUCCUUUGCUCCUGGUGAGCACCCCCCCUUUUCUUUUGCACUAGGACCCCCUCCCUGAGGGGUGGGGUGUGCCAGGGACCCCUGGGGCCCCCUGCCUCAGUUUCCCUCUCCUACCCCAGUGGUCUUCAAGGCUACAGCCUCUAUGCAAUAAACAAUAACAACGCUUGCUUCA